AUGGAGGAAUAUCUACAAAUGAUACCCUCGGAGCUUGAUAUCAUGAAGCAAGAAUUUAAGAGAAAGAAUUUGGAACUCGAAAAGAAGAUAGAAAAGCUUGAAGAGGAGAAGAUGUACCUAAGUCUAGAUGUCGACCUGCAAAAGAAUGAGGUUGAAAAGGUUAGGAAAGAAAAGAUGAAGGUUGAGGAAGACCGAGAUGAUUUAAAAGAAAAGUAUAAGAAGGCACAAGUAUCUUUGAAGCGAGUAGGGUUAGGAAGGUCUUUAGAACAAUGGCAGAAAGAAGUUCAAGAGGAAAAAGUUAGAGCCGAAUACUGGGAGAAGAAGUGCCAAGAAAUGCGGUCGCAAAAUUUGACAUUAGAGAGAGAGAAUAAAGGGCUGAAGACUAAGGUAACUAAGCUUGGAAGAUAUCUUCGUUGGCAUAGAAACCAUGAUCCUACGGUCGAGUUAGAAGAGCUAAAAAGUAAGGUUGAAGAUUUGGAAGCGGCAUUGCAUGGUAGUGAACUUCGGAUUGAGCAGUUCGAGGCGUAA